AUGGUAGAGCUUCUUAGAGAAUAUAUGUGUGUAUUUUCUAGGUCUUAUCAAGAUAUUCCAGGUCUUGAUACUGAUAUUGUGGAGCAUCGGUUGCCGUUAAAGCUAGAAUGUCUACUGGUCAAACAAAAGUUAAGAAGAACUCACCCUAAUAUGGCUGUCAAGAUUAAAGAAGAGGUGAAAAAGCAGAUUGAUGUUAGGUUUCUUGUUACUGCUGAGUACCCUCUAUGGGUGGCUAACAUUGUACCUGUUCCAAAGAAAGAUGAUAAAGUUUGGAUCCAGAAAGGUAAUGAAGUAGAUCCUGAUAAAGUUAGAGCUAUCCAAGAGAUGCCUGCGCCAAAGACAAAAAAUCAAGUUAGAGGGUUCCUCGAACGCCUGAAUUACAUAUCCAUAUUUAUAUCUCACAUAACUGCCAUGUGUGGGCCAAUCUUCAAGCUUCUCCGUAAAGAUCAAGGUUGUGUUUAG